UCGUCUGUCUGUCCGUCUGUCUCGUCGUCUGCAGGUGCCCGCGGGGCGGAGAGGGGCGGCGGCGGGGGAGGCGUGUUUACGCCAGCGACGCCAAAGCCUUGGCUGUCAGCUGCUGGCCGUCGUCCGAGCCCUGAGGCUGCUGCUGGCGCUGAACGGGAACGGUCAACACCUCGGUCUGGUGCAGCUUGCCCAGCAGCAGAGCCAGGGCCGCGGUGGCGGCACUCGGUCAAGGACAUGCUCAUUCGCCGGCUCUACUCCGGGGCCAGGCCGUUGUGUCUGUGCUCGUGCCCCCAUUCGCACUCGCUGCGUGUCCUUCGGGCGGUCCCGACGAUCACGUCACCAACGUCGCAUUCCUCCCAGUGGUCUCCGUCUCCGUGUCACUCUCGCUCGCACUUCAGCGUUGACGCCACCCUUACUUCCAGUGCCAUGGGCCCCUCAGCGAGCCCUUAUUUCUGCCUCAAGGACUAUGACUGCGUCGGAUUCGACCUGGACAACACCCUGCUCAAGUACAACAUUGCGAACAUGGUCAAGCUCAGCUACGAGCUGCUCGCCCGGUUCCUUGUCGAACAGAAAGGUUAUGAUCCCUGUCACCUGCUCAAGCCUUUGAAUUUGGAUUUCCUGCAGAAAGGCUUGACGAUGGAUUAUGAGAAGGGAAAUGUGCUGCAGCUUUCGCCCGAUGGCUCUAUUCACCGAGCUUGUCAUGGCACCAAGUUGCUGCUGGACGCUGACAUUGAAGAAAUCUACGGAAAGGAUAAAGUGUAUCCGCUGGCUCAGGAGUACACGCAGAAUAUGUUGGACGCUUGGAAUGGUCCAAUAUCUGAAAAGAUACGAUCUGUUAUGGAUCAUUUUGAUGUAUCUGCAGCUCUUGCUUUCGCUCGGUGUGUUGACAACAUUGAUGCAAAAUCUGAAAACCCUCCAGCGGACUACAAUUUGUACAAUGAUAUUACAGACGGACUCAUUAAUAUGUAUCAAAGAGACAAUUUUGCCAACAAUACAGGUGGUUUCUUCUCUGCUCUAAAAGAAAAUCCUGAUAAAUAUUUGCACCGUUGCAGUAGUAAUGUUCGUAAGUGGCUAGAAAAAUUAAAAAGUGAUAAAAAAGUAUUUCUGGUAACUGGUUCAAACGAAGACUUUGCUUCAUUUACCGCUAAAUAUUGUUUUGGUGAAGACUGGAAGGAUCUUUUUGAUGUUGUUGUUUUUUUUGCCCGUAAACCUGGUUUCUUUACUGGACGGCGACCUUUCAUCUCUUUAGUCGAUGGGAAAGAGAGUGACAUUGUCCAGCCUGAAGAUGUUCAAUUAGGAAAAAUGUAUUCUCAGGGUAAUUGGCAAGACUUAUAUGAGCUCUUCAAAAAAGAGACUAACAAGAAAUUCCCAAAGUGUGUGUAUGUGGGUGACAAUGUUCUUCAGGAUGUAUUUGCUCCGGAUGAAUUUACUCGCUGUGAUGCUGUUGCCAUUAGUGACGAGAUGCGAGCAGAAGGGGUUGGUGACGCAAAGGAAUACAUUGAUGUCUUAUCGUCUAAUACCUGGGGGUCCUACUUCUAUCAGAAAGAGGAUAAUCCAUCAUUAUGGUGUGAUAUCAUUCGUAGGCAUGCUGCUAUAUGUGUGCCAAGUGUAGAUGUUCUUGCUGAGAGGCCAUUAGAUUUUCAAAUACAAACUUUCAAAUCUAUCUCUCCGGAUCCCUCACAACCUAUUGGCUUCUUCCCAAGUGCCCCCACAAAAUAGUUUUGAUCAUCUGAGAGGCAUCAUAAGCUCUUUCAUUAACUGACCCCUCCCAAUUAAAUUUAAAAAAAAAAAUGUUACCACUGUGAGAUUCAAGAAACUAGUUUGAUGUAAGUGUGAAAGUUUUUUGAAAUGUUUGCACAUAUUUUCUUGAGCUCUACCUCAUUUGCGAGCAAUAGAAUUUCUUAAAUUUGUUUCUCCGUUCUUUUUAUUUUAUAAAUUAUCGAUUUUGCCUGUUUUGUUUUCAGAAGAAAAAAGACACUUGGACAUGUGUUCAUUUUAAAGUGAUAAGAUGUUCCCCCUUAUUUUUUUUUAUUUUAUUAAGUAAGUAAACAGAGUUUUGAUUGUGAUACCCGAUUUGUACCAAUACCAAUAAAACCUUAUGGAAGGAAUGCCUGAA